CAUAGGGCGCCGCACCUCAUAACUACAACGAACGCCUAAGCAAAAAUAGGGCAAGUGUCAAGCUGCUACACCUAAAAAGUUAUGUCUUACGCCAAAGCAGUGCCUGUUUUCGCGCGAGCCGGUUUAGACGUGAACCUUAGAAAUAUAUCCGCCGUGUCCAGCCGAAGAUUAGGAUCCACAGUUGCUUCCACGCAACGGAACCAGAGUUCAGAAGAGUCAACGGAUAUCGACGGUGCAGUGCCCAAAACCGACGUUCACGCAGAUCUCAUCCAGCAGAGCAGGAAGCAUGGCACCAGCAAAAACAAGAUUUCGAUUGAUUUUAAUCAGACCAAAGAAGCAUACAAGAGCAAAGACACGGGUGAAUUACUCAGAAGUUUGCUUGUGUUCAAACUCUGCUCCUAUGACCUCCUGGUUGAUAAGAACAAGGAGAUUAUGGAUCUCAGUAAGAAAAUUCUGGGUCAGAAGACAUUUGAGCGACUUAUGAAGAUGACUUUUUAUGGGCAGUUUGUGGCUGGGGAAGACCACCAAGCUAUCAAACCCCUGGUUCGGAAGAACCAAGCCUAUGGAGUGGGAGCUGUGUUGGACUAUAGUGUGGAGGAGGACUUGACAAAGGAGGAGGCUGAAAACAAAGAGAUGGAGUCAUGUGUGUCUGCUGCAGAGAGAGAGAGCCCAGGGGAGAACCAGCGUGAGAAUAAGUACAAGGCCCACCGACAGUUUGGAGACCGUAGGGGAGGUGUGACCGGUGCUCGCACCUACUUUUAUGCUGACGAGGCCAAAUGUGACCAACACAUGGAGACUUUCCUCAAGUGCAUCAAAGCUUCAGGAGGGAGUUCUGAAGAUGGUUUCUCCGCCAUCAAGAUGACAGCUCUGGGGCGGCCACAGUUCUUGCUUCAGUUCUCAGAGGUCCUUGUGAAGUGGAGGUGCUUCUUCAAUUUUCUAGCUGCCAAACAGGGAAUGGAAGGUGUGGAGGUGCUGGAACAAAAACUCGAUCUGGGGAAGUUGCAGGCAUAUUUGGAGAAGCUUGGUGCCAAGGGUGACUUUCAGAGCUGGUUCACAGGAGAGAAAAUAGGCUCGUCUGGAACCAUUGACCUGCUGGACUGGAACAGCUUGAUAGAUGACAGAACAAGGAUUUCCAAUCUUCUCGUUGUUCCAAACCUUGAGACAGGUCAGCUGGAACCGCUCCUGAACAAGUUUACCGAGGAAGAGGAGGAGCAGAUGAAGAGGAUGCUGCAGAGGAUGGACGUCUUAGCCAAGCAUGCCAUGGAGAAUAAGGUGAGGCUGAUGGUGGACGCAGAACAAACGUACUUCCAGCCGGCCAUCAGCCGCCUGACCCUGGAGAUGCAGAGGAUCUUCAAUAGAGAGAGCCCCGUCAUCUUUAACACUUACCAGUGCUACCUAAAGGAAGCCUUUGAUAAUGUGUCUAUGGACGUGGAGCUGUCGAGACGUGACGGCUGGUACUUCGGUGCCAAGCUGGUGCGGGGGGCAUAUAUGUACCAGGAGAGAAGCAGGGCUGCCGAGAUCGGCUACGAAGACCCCAUUAACCCCGACUAUGAGUCCACCAAUCAGAUGUACCACAAGUGUCUGGACUAUGUGCUGGAGGAGAUUGGGAACAGCAGAACCGCUAACGUCAUGGUGGCCUCUCACAAUUUGGACACGGUCAAGUUCACCCUCAGGAGGAUGAACGAGUUGGACCUGGUGCCGACGGACAAGAAGGUGUACUUUGGUCAACUCCUGGGGAUGUGUGAUCAGAUCAGCUUCCCACUGGGCCAGGCCGGCUUCCCCGUGUAUAAGUAUGUGCCGUACGGGCCGGUCAACGAGGUGAUCCCAUACCUGGUGCGGCGGGCCCAGGAGAACCGCGGCUUCAUGAAGGGGGCACAGGGGGAGCGUGAUCUGCUCUGGAAGGAGCUGAUCAGGCGGAUGACCAGCGGAGAGGUGUUCUACACGCCAGCCUGAGGACCACACACACACACACACACACACACAAAGGCACACACACACACAUGUACAGAGUCUCUUUCUCUUUCUCAGCAUGCCUGCUGUCUGCCUUGUCACUAUCUCACUUUUCUCCAGUAGCAGUCUCUGCAUCCCCCUCUUUUCCAGCUGCUCUGUGUUUCUUUCCGUCUCCGUUAACACUCCUGUACAGCACCUCUUUCCUCUUUUUCUCUCUCCUGUUGUCUUCUCUCUUCACGCAAUCCUUUUCCUUUUUUUCCAGCGCUUCUUUUGUAUGGCUUUAUUUCUGUCGGCCCCUGAACAUCCUCCCUCUCUCAUCAUUUCAUUUUCCCCUCUUCCCCCUCCCACCCUCCUCUCACAUAAGAGUUCUCUAUGGCCUCUCAAAGCACUCGCCUGUCUUGAGCAUUGGCUCUUUGUGCACAUUUUGGUCUCCACUUUUUCCAUCUCCUGCUCUUAUCUUUUCUGACUAGGCCUGCUCUCUCUCUCUCUCUCUCUCUCUCUCUCUCUCUCUCUCUCUCUUUAUUUCUCUCUGUCUCAUCCACAUAUUUCACUUUCCCACUAUUUUCUCUCUUUUCUCUGGCUCAGAAGCAUCCCCACAAUGCCAUGAGGCAGCCAAUGGUGAUAUAUCACAAAGGCAUCUUUACUACUCCAAAAGGGCUCCCUAAAAUGUCAGGCGGUCCAGCUCUGCUGGUCUUUUUUAUGGGCCGGUUCAUCAUCAAGUAGGACAACAACAAUAAAAAAAAUAAGCAUGAUUUAAAUGGCAGUAAACAAGUGCAUCAAUAUCACUUUCUGUUUAUAAUAGUUUGGAUGCGAGGAUAACGAUGCCUCUCUGUGUGACGUAUAUGUUGUAUUUAUGUUUUGGACAUUUAUUCAUAAAAUAUAUAUAGCCCACACUGAGCUACACUCCGUAUGUAAAGAUCCCUGGAGGUAACUGUGCCUUGUCGCACUGAAGGAAAUACAGUCGAAUAUAAUGCAAUUGGUUGUGUGGCCCAGUAUAACAAACACACAUGUGGGCACAGCGUGUGCUUAUACAGCAUAUUAUCGCUUUGGCAGAGACAAUGAAGGAAGAGAGUUUGUAAAUAAUUUAUGUGAAUGUUAAUAUUAUGUAAAAUAUUCUAAACAGAGAUUAGUUGACUGAGGAUGGAUUUUCACCCAUCUUUUUUAAUGUUAAAUGAAGUAUUUUGAAUAAUUCAUUGUGUUUUCAUUUUGUGAUGAUGUUAUUGAAAAAUUUUCUGUAACUGCUAUUUUGGUAUGGCUCUUCACUGAUUGUAUCAUGGAAUAAGCCAUCGAGUUGUUUUCCUUGGAUGUGUGAAUGCAAACAUUAUGUUUGAUGCUUUUUUUGGAUGUAUCAAAUUUAAUUUAAUCCAGUUUAGAAAUAAUUCAGAAUCAGAAGUGAUGUUUUUUGUCACAUUAUGAAUUCCUGUCUAAAAUAUCACACACACACACACACACCUUCAGUUAUUGAAGCUCAACAUUUUUAUUUUGGAAUUAACCUUGAACUUCCAAAUCAAUAAAGAUAGGUUACAGACCGAAACAAA